AUUUAUUGAAGCACCGGACAGUGAACCGGACUUAGUUAGUGGCUGAUCGGCGGAAGAUUCGGUUGUCUUUGCAGGAAUUCUCGGUUUAGGAGAAGACCCCUCGCCAUCGUGUGUGUGAGUGACUCCUUACCGCAAAGCAAUAUACGAUCCGUACUUUAGGAUAACUCUACUUAGAAGAUAGGGAAUCUCGCUGGUGGCAAAGAAGUGACUAAUUGAAAUUGCUCGAAGUGGGAAAAAAAUAAUCAGAAGAGGAGUUUGCGCGCGAAAUUGUGGUAGCUCACGCUCGUUGAUUGAAAUACUCCAAAAUCCUGUGCAAUUAGGGAAACAAAAGUGAUAUACAAUUUAUUGAUCAAAUCUGAUUCGUUGCUAGACGCUCGCGGUGAUAUCGAAACGAAAGUGAACUGAUUUCGUUUUCUGGCAAUUUAACGAAGCACCCAGAAGUGUGUAUGUGUGGAAUUGUGUGAUAGUAGCUGCAGGAACAAACGAUACACAGAGCAACGAACAACAACGGCCGACAAUUACUAGAAGUUUAAAGAUAAAGCCACUAACUUCAGAACACGCCGGAACAAAUUGUAAAUAACCACAAGAAAAAUGCAGCCCCUGGUGGACAAGCUGAGAUUUCUCUACAAACCGUACGUGCUUGCAGUACUGACGAUCGGUUACAUCGCCGGCGAACUUGGCCACUAUCUGAUUGGAGUCACAUCGAAGGCAACCGCCAUCGAACUCGACUAUGGAGAUCACGCGUGCCAGCAAAAUCAUACCGAAGUUCAUCGCCAUCUGCUCCCGCAGCAGUGUGCCGACAUCGACCUGCAAAAUGAAUGCCACGGACAGCAUAUCAAUGGAACCGUCUACUGCGAGUGGAACUACAAUGGACUGGGUCUCGAGUACCAACUGUUGGCCGGGCCGAGCUUCAUUGCCGUCUUCACCGUUAUGGGUGUGGUGCUGGGAUUCGCAGCGGAUCGAUUCAACCGUGUCCGGAUGCUGACCGUGUGUACACUGGUCUUUGCCGUCGCCAUCGUUUUGCAAGGAACCGUUAAGAAAUACUGGCAGUUGAUUCUGCUGCGUAUGUUGAUGGCCGCUGGCGAAGCCGGAUGUAACCCAUUGGCCACCGGUAUCAUGUCCGAUAUCUUCCCGGAAAGCAAACGAGCUCUUGUGAUGGCCAUCUUCAACUGGGGAAUCUACGGUGGAUACGGAAUUGCGUUCCCCGUUGGACGAUACAUUACCAAACUGAAUCUUGGAGGACUAGGUUGGCGCGUGUGCUAUUACGGUACCGGUGUAUUGGCACUAAUAAUGGCAGUGCUGACUGGAACUACUCUCAAGGAACCGGAACGACAAAGCAUCGGAGAAGAAGCGUCCGGUAAGGGAAAGGUUUCGCUUAUGAAGGCACUGAUGCAGCCACGUGUUAUUCUGUUGGUGAUUGCUGCCUCGAUUCGGCACUGUGGUGGAAUGACCUUUGCGUACAAUGCCGAUUUGUACUACAAUAUCUACUUCCCGGAUGUGGACCUCGGUUGGUGGUUGUUUGCCGUGACGAUCGGAAUCGGAAGCGUCGGUGUGGUGAUUGGUGGAAUCGUUUCGGACAAAGUUGUGGCCAAGAUGGGAAUUCGGUCACGUGUUGCCUGUUUGGCCAUUAGCCAGCUGAUUGCUACUCCGUUCGCAUUCGGAUCCGUCUACUUUGAACCACUUUGGGCGAUGAUCACGCUCGGAAUCAGUUACUUCUUCGCCGAAAUGUGGUUUGGAAUUGUGUUUGCCGUGCUAGUUGAAAUCGUCCCACUGCAAGUCCGUUCGACGACCAUCGGAGUGUUCCUGUUUGUGAUGAACAACAUCGGCGGUAAUCUGCCCAUUCUGGUUGACCCGCUGGCUAAGGCGCUAGGCUACCGAGGCUCGGUUAUGUUCUUCUACGCUGGAUUCUACGCUAUCAGUAGUUUGUUGUUCUUCAUUACGAUGUUCUUCAUGGACGGACCAAAGCCAGAACCAGUGACCGAAGAGCACCGGAAUCAGGUCGAGAUGGGCCACGAGAACAAUACCUUCCAACCGGAUGAUUUCAUCAACGGUGGACCCAAAACCAACGGACACAACAUCGUGAACGUGAGGCCAUCCGAGAGCAGUAGACUGUAGAAGGGGACGAGUUCGUACGGAGCGAACUAUAGAUAGGAUUUUAUUUUAGUUUCUAAGUUAGAAUAUUCAAAGGACGACACAAUGAAUCUACGGAGCAGGAAUCAUGGAUCAUGUUAUAUUGAAAGAGCAUGAAAUGUGACGGAGCUUUUUCCUGAACUGAGGAGAAGAAUCUCAUAUUCCACCUUUGCUUAUAGAAAUUUAGUGUUCUCAGUACCUCUGAAAAAACCGUACCUCUGAAGGUUAUUGUGAACCGACAACCUGUGCAAAGGCAACAGUGCUAAAUGCCAAUCUACGAGUAGUUGAUUUUGUAUUUAUGGAAGUGAUAACUUAUACCUUCAUACGUGUUUUAAAUAAUGAAACGAAAUGGCACAAUAAAGCAUCAUUAAA